AUGUUCAGCCUAUUGCUCGCUCAACGGGACAAGGCGAAGUGUUUUGACGAAGUUGAUGUGGAUGGUGGUGAUGCUGGUGGUGAUGAUGAUGAUGAUGAUGACGAUGAUGAUGAUGGUGGUGAGGAGGAGGAGGAGGAGGAGGAGGAGGAGGAGGGGGAGGAGGAGGAGGACGACGACGACGACGACGACGACUGUGAAGAAGGCUGCGCGAUUGCCGGAAUCAGCUUCUGCCUCCUCCAAACUUUCGAACUCAGUUAG